AUGAGAAAAACGACCCUCCAAGUCUCGCAGGUUUGUCUUCUCUUGCUCGCAUGUUCUCUCGAGCUGGUAUCCGUGUGGACCGAGCUGCCUUCCCGGCCCAUGUAUCGUUUGCGGGGAGGAGGAAUGCACAUGCACGAGGAGGAGAGUGGAGACUCUUGGUCGUCCUUAAGCAGCGAGGAGAAGAAGCGGAAGAGCAAGCUGGAAGAACUGGACAACAUGGCAGACGGGGUAGGAGCGAGUCUGCUGCGAAAGAUGGGCUACGAUGGUGGAGGACUCGGACUACGUGAAAGGAGUGCAAAGGCACAAGGCGACUUCUUGUUCAGCGAGAGGUUUAGAAAAGCUUUUGGUCGAGAGAAGGAAUUUGAUGCGAACACUACUCGUUCGAGUAAAAUGAGCCAGCGGUUUUGUGAAUCUUUCGACGAGAAAUAUGGAGAGGUGCUGGGAGAGGAAAGCGCGGGAUCUUUGAGAGAGAACGAGCAGGGAGCUCCCUCACAUCCUCCCAAGCGAACCAACUGGAAGGAGUUCGACGCGAUGAGCCGUGAACAAGCAAGACCUCGCAAGCGAGAGAAGCCCGAUGACAUGGAAGAGUUGUUUCGAUUCCGAGAAAGAAACAGAAACAAGACAGAAGCAGGAGCGUACCAAGACAAGGAAUUCUCGGACGUGUCAGACAAGGAUGAGUCUGAGAGCAAUCAAAGUCUGGAGGUGAAGACCGAAGUGAAGGUUGACAUGGGGUUGUGUUCCCUUCCUUCCGCUAUCGGAGCAUUCAGACCCAAACGAAGCUGA